AUGGCCGGUGAAGUUUUAGUAGACGCUUUACCAUACAUCGACCUUGGCUACGAUGAUCCUGGCGUGCGGGAAGCGGCCAUCGCUAUGGUAGAGGAAGAAUGUCGCCGAUAUCGGCCAACGAAAAACUAUUUAGAACAUUUGCCUGCCCUGAAUACGACCGCGUUUGAGACCGAACUAAUGGCUGCCGAAUUCGAACGUAUUCAAAACAGACUCCCAAUGGAACCGCUCAGUAUGAAACGAUACGAACUUCCACCGCCACCAGCUGGCAAGAUGAACGAAGUAUCGGCAUGGGGCGAAAGUGUGGACAAUUCGAUGGCGCAGCUGGAACAUCAGGCUGUACGGGCCAUGAAUCUUGAGCUAAUGGCUGAUUAUGGGUGUGAAAUGUGGAAAUCUUACUUGGAAACGUUGGUAACGAUGCAGGCGAAAUGUCAGACCAGAUUGGCGGAGGUGAAGAAAGAAAUCCAGGACGUAAAUUGGGCUCGCAAGACAAAACAGACGCAAGGUGGCGAGAAGCUGCGCUCAUUAGAAGCACAGUGGGUGAUGCUGGUAUCGAAAAACUACGAAAUUGAGCAGGCUUGCGCCAAACUAGAAGAACAAAUAUACCAUAAAAAGAUGGAGUGCAAAACGUAUGAAAAAACGCCUGACAAAGAGCAAUAG